AUCAUCGAUCAUUAUAAGUGUUCAUAUUAUUGUUUUUUAGCAGUUUUUGAGGAGAAAUAUAUAUCGGUGAUAUGGAAUGAAUUGGGACGAAUAACGUGGAUUCGCAUCAAAAGCCGCAGUGUUUUUAUCAAUUUUUUUAAAUUUUUUACUUUUUCGAAGAAAAAAUGGAUUUUUCAAAUUCACAAAAUCCAAAAAAAUUGUUAAAUUUCAGGCGACUUUUGAUGCGAACCCUCAUUAUUAGUCCUAAUUUAUUCCAUUCCACCGAAAUUUCCCAAAAUAAAACUACACAUUUCGUACCCGAUAUCGCGGUCAUUUAACUAUGCAACAAAAUCACAGAACAUUGUAUGUUAUCACUUUAUAAAUAAAAUACACACCCUCUCAAAAAACUCGUGUUAUAAUCAAAAAUACCGAUGUUUCUCAGUCAAUUUACUUGUCUCCCCCGACGAAUGUGUUCAGAAUUGAAUUUAUUUGAGAGAAAAUUUAACUUUUUCAAUGAAUUGUAAACCAAAAGCCAAUUUAUUUCGGAAUCACGAAGUUGAAAUUGUUAGACCGUUAAAUUAGAAGAAAUUUUUUGCAACCUUCGAAAUAAAUUACACUUCAAUGGUUACUUGUUAAGUCGUGUUUACAACAUUGACUCUGAGUGACGUGCUAAUGGAAUUCAAAUAAAAUGUGUCAAGCAAGUGUGAAUCCUUCACAAGAACAGUUUUUCGCUUCUGAAGUCUGAUUUCAACUCAUUUUUGAAAAUUGUGAAAUUGAGUCGUAUCGAAUGAAUGGAGACCCGAAUACUUGAAUGCAAAGUUUAAAAUUUACUCAUAGAUUUGCUAUUAUUUUGACAGCUAUGUCAACACAGUAAAAAAAUUAAUCGCCCAAAUUUAGGCGGAAUUUCUACUGAGAAAUUUUAUUAUAUCCGUAUUUAUUUCAUCUUUAUUUUGUUGUUUAAUGAAUUUUGGGAAUAGUUACCAUCAAUAACCAUUUAUUUAGCUUAGAUAGAAAGCCAAACUGUUUUUUAAAAUACAAGUUACCUUUACUGGUAAGUUGAGUUUCUACAAGUGCCUGAAACCGAUAUAAAUGUAUUUUCAUUUUCAGUUACUAGCCAAACUGUGUAGUGUACUGUGUAGUAUAGUAUAGUAUAAAUUGAUAAUGUGUCAACACUUCUACUUUUACAACUGAAGAAGUGAAUGGAGUGCAUGUUCUUCGAUCGCACGAAAAAUACAAUAAGAAAUUCCGCACAAAAUAACAGGUACACAGAAUCACGUGAAUAUACAAAUGAAUCUAUUGAAAAGAAUGAAGUAUUAGGAAUAACGUAAGGCACACACGAGUAUCAGUCAUGUAACUACGACGAGCGUCUCAAGUGUGUAUUAUUCUCUCUCCACAUGUGUAGCUUUAUGUGAUAACAAUAUCAAUUUGUACGUAAUAUGAUUACGGCGAUUUACAGUGAAUCACUUUGCUUUGAAACGAUUGCAUGUGUGAACUCAGCAGUUGUUAUGUAUGUCGGUUACUUGGUUGUUAGUUCGUUCACCUACUUCGAUUAAAUUUAGUUAAAAUGCUCUACAAUCGCUUUUAUUCACUUGUUCAAGGUCAUGUCUGUGUAUCACAUUCGUAGCGUCACUAAUUUAGAAUGCUCUGGGGCAAUGACAUUUGUACGUGCACUGCACUUAAUAAAAUGUGUUGUAAAAUGGUUGAGACUAGCAAUGGGCAGGCAGUUAAUGAUAAAAUGAACAAAACGAUAAUAACGUAAAAUCGAGGGGAAAAUCACUUGAAAGUAAUUUUAAUGUCACAAGUAAUUAUGACAAUAGAAAAGUAAUUUUUCCCGAAAAAACGUAAUUGAAGUAGAUGUCAUCAAUCGGCAUAAACCACAUACCUGAAGUAUUCUUGGAUACAUUAUCGUAAAAAAAAAAAAAAUAAUCGUUUAUAAAAUAAAAACGAAGAUGAAAAAAGAUAGUUUGGUGUGGGCUCGAUUGCGUUUUUUUCCCAAAUGCGAUAUGACUAAAAUGAAAUUUGUAUAGAAUUUAUUUUAUACCUUAUUAGAAAUACUCAGCUAAAACUUACUUCAAGCUCAAUUUUAUAUCUUUUGGUAUUUCAAAACCAAUGUCGUUUUCAAGAACGAACCAGGAAUUAUUUUCCAUUUCAGAUUCUAUUUUUCGAUAUGAGUGUAGUGGUUUGUUUAGAACGUUUGUUUGUUGGUUUGACACUGUCAAACUUUGACAUAAACGUCUAAUUACUUUCGUAAUUUACUAAAGUAAUAGCGUGCCAAAAAGUAAUAGAAAAAUUAAUUUGAAGAGUGAUUUCGCCCUCACGUAAAAUGCAUGCGCUUUGCUUCCGGGGCUAGAAUUCUAAGUCAUUCCACCAAAAUCGUUCGGAAUUAUUUUUUUCGUACAUAAGACCAUAUUGGAGUGAAAGAGAGAGAUUCCACUAUUUUUCAGCGUACCACCGGAAUUAUUCCGAUAACUCAAAGAAGAGUGGAUUGUGUGAGAAAUAAUUCCGGUGGCACGCUGAAAAAUAGUGGAAUCUCUCUCUUUCACUCCAAUAUGGUCUUAUGUACGAAAAAAAUAAUUCCGAACGAUUUUGGUGGAAUGACUUAGAAUUCUAGCCCUGGCUCAGAUACAUAUUUAUGAGAUAGAUUGGAACAAGAAUAAAAAGAACCGUGUCCCGUUUUGUAUGGGGUUUGGGCCAUUGGUGUCUAGCAAUGAGACCGGUGCCAAUGGAUAGGGGGCAGCGAGUAUAACAAUAAUAUAUGACAAGGCCAAAUACUGGAGCAUGAAUGAUAUAGGGCCAAUCUUUGAAGGGCAAUUUACAGUCUUUGGAGUGAUCGGAUCAGGUUUUUGUUGUAUGAGACAUAUAGUCAACUUUUCGCGAGCAAUCCAAAUAUGUGAUUAGUUUUGGGCGGUAAGUUGAAUUUCAACCCCAAAUUAGGGUAUUUUUUAUUUUUUUUCAAUUUUUACCUCCCACGCACCCCAGACUUGAAGGGCAGCCCCAACCAAAGUGACAAUCGAUUCUUGACAUCAGCAUAAAUACUUCGUCCUUACAUAGUUUCCUUCUAAAAUGACUCUUUAUUCAUGAAAAAUCCAUGUUUAGCGAAAACUACCCCAAAUCCAGUACUAACUUUGUAUCCCAAUAAAACCCCUCGCCCACAACUUAGGACCGUGAAACCAUAUAUUAUUGUUAUACUCGCUGCCCCCUAUCCAUUGGUACCGGUCUCAUUGCUAGACGCCAUAUGGCCCAAAACGGGACACAGUUCUUUCAUUUUAUAAGCAAAUUAUGCACGUGUCUAAUUUGACAUUAAUAAUUUCUGUGAUUUCAAGCUGUGGUAUACUAUACCACAUAUAUGUAGCACACAUAUUAGAUGACAAUAUAUCCACAUAGAACUGUUGCACUCAAUGAAUAGUGCAAUAAAUUUUAUAACACAAUUAAUUUAGUUCAAUUGCGUUUGAAUGUGUCGUUUGAAUGUGUUGUAUUGUGCAGCUCAAUCGUCAACCGAUAGGGACCUUGAACUACCAUUCAAGUGCAAAUUGUACAUCAUCUGAUGAUCGAGUGUUUUUUUCCUAAUCGAAAAUAAGCCAUUGUUGUUAGAAUCAACAACUUUAUCGUACAAAUUUUUACAAAUGCCAUUACCCCUGCCCAGAUAACUAUUGUCAAUUUCUAAUAAUGACUUCAAAGUAUGAUCCAUAAAACGGAUUCUAUUUAAGCAGAACUCAGCUCAGUGUUACAACAGACUGUGAAGUGUUCGCAUGCAAAGUGAAACCUGAACGAUAAAUUUUAUCAGAAGACGGUUACAUUUUUUUUAAAUUCGAUUUUCGUACAUUUUUCCUCAAGCGUUUUAGUUUUUUCAAACAAAAUUAAUAAAAUUGAAUAAAAAAUGAAGUCAGAGUUGGCCGUUGAAAUCUCAAGUGAAUUAGUUCGUUCAGCAUUGUUCGAAAUAAUCGAAGAGCAACUGAAAUCGAAAAAGUACCAAGUCACAGUGGGUGCUGCCACAAAAGCGGACGAUCUUAAUUUCACUGGAAUCGUUUAUCGGGUGUUGUUUAACAAAGAGGACGAAGCUGAAACGGGAAAAUCCACGGCAUCAAGCAUAAUUCUUAAGAUUGCUCCACAAAAUCUAGCUCGUCGCAACCAGUUCAAUGUUCGGCCAGCUUUUUUGCGAGAAAUUUACACAUAUGACAAAAUCUUGCCAUUGUUUCAUGAGUUUGAACGGUCCAAGGGGGUUGAUAUAAAAAAGAAUGGAUUUACGGAGCAUCCAAACUGCUAUCGAACCAUUAAUGUCGACAUCAAUGAGGGUUUACUACUCGAGGACUUGUGCAUUCGCGGUUUUUCCACCAUUGAUCGACGCAAUGACGUGAUGACCGCCGAACAUGUUCGCUUGGUGAUGCAAGGUUUUGCCAAAUUUCAUGCAAUUUCGUUCGCGUUAAAAGACCAACACCCAGAAAAAUUCAAUGACCUAACGUCAAAUUUAAGCGAGGUUUUUAUUUGCAAAACGAACACUCCGCUGCGAUACUGUUUAUCGGAACAAGCCAAAGGGGUGUUCAAAGCAUUAUCGGAUGAAGAAGAACUGUUGGCCAAAGUGAAGAAGUUUUACGAAAAAGAAGCUCUUGACAUUGCUGCCGAUUGCAUUGACUUAGAAUCAACAGGAUCGGCAUCGGUCAUCACAUAUGGAGAUGUUCAUCAGAAUAAUAUCUUAUUCAAAAAUGAUGCCAACGGGAAGCCGAACGAGGCCAGUUUCUUGGAUUGGCAAGCUGUUCGCCAUGCAUCGCCAGUUCUUGAUAUUGCUUUUUUCAUUUUUUGCUCCACAACAAAGGAAGUCCGAGAUGUUUAUUAUGGUGAAUUUUUGCAAGUUUAUCAUGAAACAUUGACUGAACACAUUCGGAGAUUGGGUUCCGACCCGAAGAAACUCUUUCCGCGAAAAUUGAUGCUUGACCAUUUACGGAAGUUUGCCAAGUUUGGAUUCAUUAUGUCAACGGUAUUGCUUCCAGUGAUAACAUUUGACGGGGAAUACAAACCGAAUUUCGAAGAGAUUGGGGAAAAUGCCGAAAAUGGGACAUUAGAAGAUACAAGCGUAUUGGUUUCGGAAAAUUCAAUCAACAUGUUGAACAAGCGCUUUAGAGAUAUUGCUGCUGACAUGGUGCGGUUAGAAUAUAUUCAUUUUUAUUCACAAGAACAAAUCAUGACCGACUCAGCUUUAACCGAAAUUCCGAGUGAAUAUGUUCGUACUGCGGCCAUUGAAACGUUAAAAAAUGAGUUAAACUCGGAUGAUUUCAGCAUUAAAGUGACUUCCGCAUCGAAGGCCGGCGAAGAUAAUUUCAUCGGCAUCAUAUAUCGGGUGUCGUGCAGUAAACAAAAUGAAAAGAGCCCAACAAAUUUCAUUAUUAAAGUUGCUCCACAAAAUUUGUUACGUCGAUCGCAGUUCGUUGUGCGUCCGGCUUUUGUUCGAGAAAUUUACUCUUAUGAAAAGAUGUUACCGAUAUUGCGGCAGUUCGAACAGUCCAAAGGUAUUCAAACCCACGGUUUCACCGAAUAUCCAAAAUGCUACCUAACUGUUGAUGUAGACAUCAAUGAAGGUUUGAUAUUUGAAGAUCUUUGUGAACGUGGCUUUGUCACUAUCGAUCGGCGUACAGAGGAGGUGACAGUGGAUCAUCUUCGAUUGGUGAUGCAAAGCUUGGGAAAACUUCAUGCCACUUCAUUUGCGUUAAAAGACCAGCAGCCAGAUAAGUUCAACGAAAUCGUCUCAAAUUUGAGUGAAGUUUUCAUUCGUGCUGACGAUCCUCAUCUUCGCGAAUGUUUUACAAAACAAUCACAAUUGGUAUUUGAUGUAUUGUCUGCUGAAGAAGACGUUCACUUGCUGGCCAAAGUGAAGCGACUUUUUGAAAAAGAAGCCAUCGAUAUUGCUGCUGACUGCAUCGACUUGAAACUGACUGGUCCAGCAUAUGUGAUAGCAUAUGGUGACGCUUGGCAAAAUAAUUCCAUGUUUCGCUAUGACGAUAAUGGAAAACCAGUGGAGGUUUGCUUUUUGGACUGGCAAACAGUUCGUGCUUCGUCACCCAUCAUCGAUAUCGUUUAUUAUGUAUUUUGCUGCACAACAAAAGAACUGAGAGAUGCUUACUAUGAUGAACUCUUGCACAUUUAUCACGAUAGCUUGGCGGCUCAUAUGAAAAGAUUGGGUUCAGAUCCAGAGACCAUUUUCCCUUAUAAAUUGAUGAUGGAACAUUUUCGCAAAUUUGCCAAAUUCGGCUUAGUCUUGUCAACGGUUUUACUUCCGAUGAUAACGUCGGAAAUUGGAAGCGGUCUUGAUUUGGACGGAAUGGGUGACAAGGCGUCUGGAGAUGGAACUAAUUCCGACAAUUUCAUUUCAGAGGAAUCACGCAAUAAACUAAACAAAAGGUUGCGUGAUGUUAUCAUAGAUAUGGCUCGAUUGGAAUAUAUCUAGAGUUUGCUUUUGAUUCGAUGGAACAUUUUUGUUACCAUGCAGUUAGUGUUUGCCGUCGCACACUUUCGAACACGCUAGUUCAACUAUUCAACCGUUCGACAUGAUUCAAGAAAAAAUGUUUUGUUCGUUCGUUUGAAAUUGUUGGUUGUUGUUAAAUUUUGUAUAAAAAAAAACUUUGUUUGGACCGAACAACGAACAAAAUCAUUUUUUAAAUGAUGUCGAACGAACAUUCCCACAUGCAGUUUACAUAGUUUACGUGAUUUUUAAUUGGAACAAUAUUUUUUGAAUGGAUUUAUAACGUUUUAGAUUUUCUCGAUUCUCAAGCACCUUUGUUACCAAACAUAAGUGGAAUAAAGACUAGUUUUGAUUCAGAUUUUUUGAUUAUGUUAAAUUGUUAUUACAUAGUGUUAUAAAAAUAAUUAUUUUUAUUGAAUGCAA